AUGGCAAAGAAGACUGUGCUGCUAUUGUUGCUGGUUAUUCAUGGCAUGUUUAUGCCAGCAUCAGCAGUAUGCAACCUGCUUGGUCCGCCUGCAUCCCCUCUUCUUUAUGUGGAAAGGGACAUUAACCUUGGGGCUGUUUUCUCAAUCCACAGGAAUGCUCUGCUGAAGAUGCAUCAAUUCACUACCAAACCAGAGCCAACAAAAUGUUCCAGCUUAAGCUUGCGUGAGUUUAAGUUUGCUCAGACGCUUAUUUUUGCCAUUGAGGAGAUUAAUAACAGCACUCAGUUGCUACCUGGUGUUUCUUUAGGCUAUAAGAUUUAUGACACAUGCCGCUCUGUUGCUCAGACAGUCCUCUCAGGCAUGGCUUUGAUGAACGGUUAUGGAGAGACGUUAAGUGAUACAUCCUGCUUUAGACCACCUGCUGUUCAUGCUAUUGUUGGAGAGUCAACAUCCUCAGCCACCAUUGGCUUGGCAUCUGUAGUUGGUCCAUUCAACAUACCUGUUAUUAGUCAUUUUGCUACAUGUGCAUGCCUGAGUAACAGAAAAAGGUAUCCUACCUUUUUCAGAACUAUACCCAGUGAUUAUUACCAAAGCAGAGCACUAGCUCAGGUUGUCAAGCACUUUGGCUGGACCUGGGUUGGGACAGUCAGGAGUCGCAAUGACUAUGGUAAUAACGGAAUUGCAGCAUUUGAGGAAGCAGCAAAACAAGAGGGGAUUUGUAUUGAAUACUCAGAGGCUAUAUUAAGUACUGAUUCAGAAGACCAGCUACUUAAGUCCUUAGAAGUGAUAAAAAGGGGCACUGCACGGGUGGUGCUGGCUUUUAUUGCAUUAGGAGACUUUUUGCCUCUCUUGAAAGUAAUUUCACAAAACAACAUCACAGGGCUGCAGUGGGUUGGCAGUGAAUCUUGGAUCACUUCCCAAAAUCUUGCAGAAACAACGGAAUACAGUUUCCUUUCUGGAGCUGUUGGCUUUGCUAUAGCAAAUGCAGAACUUAUAGGCCUGCGAGAGUUUUUAAUAAAUGUGCAUCCUGAUCAGCAACCAAAAAAUGGACUUUUAAAAGAUUUCUGGGAAACAGCUUUUCAGUGCUCUUUUAGGAACAGAGACAAUGGUGAAUGUACUGGCUCAGAGAAACUGUCAGAGCUGCAAAAUGAAUAUACUGAUGAGUCAGAGCUACGUAUAGUAAAUAAAGUGUACACUGCAGUGUAUGCUGUUGCACAUACACUACAUAAUAUAUUAAAGAACAAAUUCCCCACCAAUAGCAGCAAAGAAGAGCUUCCUACACCACAAAUAGUAUUGAAUUAUUUGAGGCAUGUAAGAUUCACUGUUAAAACAGGUGAAGACGUUUUCUUUGAUGCAAGUGGUGAUCCAGUUGCAAGAUAUGAUCUUGUGAACUGGCAGCCUGAUGAUGAUGGAAGUUUGCAGUUUAAGCAUGUGGGCAUCUAUGACAGCUCACUGCCUUUGGAGCAACGUCUUCAAAUCAAUCGGGAGCAAAUAAUAUGGACAGGGAACAGUGGACAGUUGCCUGUGUCCAUGUGCAGUAAGGUUUGUGCCCCUGGAUCUAGGAAAGUUAUGCAAAAAGGACGACCUGUCUGCUGUUAUGACUGUAUUCUAUGUGCAGAGGGAGAAUUUAGUAAUUCCACAGAUGACUGCUUUCCUUGUGAUUUGGAGUACUGGUCAAAUGAAAGUAGAGACAGAUGUGUAUUGAAAGCUGUUGAAUUUCUUUCAUACACAGAAGUCAUGGGGGUGGUGCUUUGUAUUUUCUCCUUCAUCGGUGUGUUAAUAACUGCAGUGGUAUCUUUUCUGUUCUAUCUUCAUAAAGAAACACCUAUAGUAAGAGCCAACAACUCAGAGCUGAGUUUCUUGCUGCUCUUCUCACUCUCACUGUGUUUUCUCUGUUCACUCACUUUCAUUGGUCGCCCCACUGAGUGGUCCUGUAUGUUGCGUCACACCGCAUUUGGGAUCACGUUUGUCCUCUGUAUCUCCUGCAUUCUGGGGAAAACAAUAGUGGUGUUAAUGGCAUUUAAAGCUACACUUCCAGGAAGUAAUGUCAUGAAAUGGUUUGGACCUCUUCAGCAGAGACUCAGUGUUGUUAUCUUAACAUUAAUACAGACACUUAUAUGUGUGCUUUGGUUAUCAUUGAAUCCUCCUUUCCCACAUAUGAAUUUUAACUAUUAUAGAGGAAAGGUAAUCCUUGAAUGUAAUUUAGGUUCAGCUCUGGGUUUCUGGGCUGUUCUGGGUUAUACUGGCCUCUUGUCAGUUCUGUGUUUCAUUUUAGCCUUUUUUGCUCGUAAACUCCCUGACAAUUUCAAUGAAGCCAAGUUCAUCACAUUCAGUAUGCUCAUAUUCUCGGCUGUCUGGAUCACAUUUAUCCCAGCUUAUGUCAGCUCUCCUGGAAAAUUUAUUGUAGCCAUACAUAUAUUUGCUAUUUUGGCAUCAAGUUUUGGUUUACUAUUUUGCAUUUUUGCUCCAAAAUGUUAUAUAAUUUUGAUACAACCAGAGAAAAAUACAAAGAAACAAAUAAUGGGUAAAUCAUUAGCUCUUUAA